AUGUUACCAACACCUUAUCUCAUUUUUUUAGUUGAGGGAUGCGCAAGUCAAGAGCAAACACCGUAUUGGUUACGAGUCUAUACCUUUGCUCUUUUUAUCAUUGGACCAUUGAUUCUUAAUACUAUUUUUAAUUCAUUGAUAUUUAUUAUGGUUCGAGCUUCGACCCGACGUGUUGCUCACGCGGUGGCAACAACCACCACCACAGGUUCAAUUACCAAAAUGAAUCAUUCUUGUAAUACUCGAGAUCUUCGUUUAAUUAAGCAUAUGCUUUUUAUUUUUUUUGUAAACAUAUUUGGAUGGGGACCUGCUGCUUGUAUUUUACUUUUGAAUGUAGAUGAUGGUGUAAUUUUAACGGUUUCUCAAUAUGUACGAUUACCACCUUUAAUCAGUUCAUUUAUCGUUGUAAUCGAUUUGUUCGUCUAUAAUCGUGAUCUAACAAAAUAUCUUAAAGAAAAAUUUUUUAGAUAUUUACAUAUAAAAUAA